AUGGGUGCAGCCUGGGAGCAUUUCAGCAAAUGCCGACCGCUGAGCAAGAAGUAUGGCUUAUAUCUUCCCUGCCACGAGAACUUCAAGACCGCCAUGAGACGAUAUCGUGGGCUCCUUCAGAAACCGAGCUGCCCUGUUGGCGCUUCCUUGCCGCUGCGCCCUGCCAGUGCACCGCUGAUCUUUCCGCCUCCAGUGCCGGACGUGGUCAACGCGUCGGUGUCCGCGGCCGACCGCAAACUCGGAGAGUUUCUUUGA